AUGGGAAGGAGGUCUAGGAUCGCAGGUGCGAGGGGAGUUCAGCAUCUGCGAUACCCGCAUGUGCGAGAGAAGGAACCGCAAGAGCGAUCUGGGACCACAGAAGCAGACAAGGGUACACAGGUGCGGGAGCGCAGCCUAUCAUCAGCAGCCUUAAAGUAUCUAUUAGCAAAGAAAGACGCUAGACCUAGAUUGCUAAGAUGGAUACUCUUUUUGCAAGAAUUUGAUCUCGAAAUAAAAGAUAAAAAAGGUUCAGAAAAUCAGGUAGCUAAUCAUUUGUUGCGUUUAGAGAAUCCUCCUACUGAAAUACUAGAUAUCCAAGAGGAAUUUCCUGAUGAGCAUAUCUUUUCAGUCGCAACGAUUGUAAAUAAACCUCCUUGGUUUGCUGAUAUUGCCAAUUAUUUAGCGGGAGGGUGGAUUCCAAAAGAUUUUUCUUAUGAUCAAAGAAAAGAGCUUAAAAAAGAGGCAAGACAUUAUUACUGGGAAGAUCCUUAUUUGUUUAAAUUUUGUGCAGAUGACAUAAUCAUGAGACGUGUACCUGAAAUAGAAAUGAACAAUAAUUUAAGUCAUUACCAUGAUAGAGCUGUAGGAGGUCACUACGGAGGAAGAAAGACAGCAGCUAAAGUACUUGAAGUUGGAUUUUUUUGGCCUACUUUAUUCAAAGAUGCAAGAAAUUAUGUUGCCACUUGCGACAAAUGCCAGAGAAGCGGUAACAUUUCAAAAAGGUAG